GUUCGGACUGCCUGUCGGGGGUGUGACCAGAGGUGGUGGCCGUCAGGUGGCGCCACUGUACUCGGCCGACGGCGGAGAUCGGCAGUCGAACGUCGCCCUCGCGUCGAGAAGGUCGCCUGACAGCUUCAAUAGGCGUGCAACAGUUGUGAGCUGAGAGCGUUCAGUGGGGAACGGUGUUGUGACUGCGAGUUGGGUCAGUUCGUGAACGGGACGAGACAUCGCACUCUCAAGGACGCGACCUCGAGUGGGCCGCAUUGUUACUGGGGACGGCAAAUCCGGUGACGACCGGUACGGGCCAGUACGGUGUCGUACUGAGAUCUGACAUCUGGUGACACGGUGACCGUCCGGUGACCGUCUCGUCCGGUGACUGUCCCACCUGGUGACGUCUGGUGAUCGUCCCCGGUGACCGUUCAUCCGGUGACCGCCACCCCUCGGUGACCAGGAUCGGGUCACCAUGGACACAGUGCCGUCACUGACGUUCACACCGGCAGGGGAUGAGGAGCGGACACCCUCACCGACCGGCCACCAGAGGCGGUCGUCGCACGAGCGACGCGGCUCGCAGAACCUGCUUCAGUCGGCCGGCAUCGGCAUCGAGAAGCGACGCCGCUCCAGCACCAGCACCUACAGGAUCGAGAACAACCAGGUGCUGUACGAAAAUGACGACGGGCAGACGGAACGGAUGGAGAUCGUCAAAAUUCACGAGAAGCACGGCUGCUUCCGCAAGUCGAUCCCCUACAUGCCGAUGCCGGUGGCGCUGCUGCUCUGUGUGCUGAACGUCGUCACGCCGAGCAUAGGGACGUUCCUCUCGGGUCUGAUGGUGUUCUGCUGGGGUCCCAGCGAGUACCCCACGCGCCGUGAGACGCUCUGCUGGUCCCUGCUCACCGGCCUGCUGCAGCUCAUCACGCUGCCUAUCGUGGUCGGCUGGAUCUGGAGCAUCAAGUGGGGCGUCGCUUUCGUGCAGGAGUCCAUGUCGAAAUCUAUAAACAGCGAGAAGACGGCGGAGACGGGAAAUGUUUGAGACGCGCUAUUUCCGAACACCCAAGACGGCCAACCCAUAGCGACAGAAACCCUCAUCUUGUCCCACACGAUCAGAAGCUGCAGCUCGCCGCUCGCACCGUGAUGGAACAGCCCGGGAGUGGCUGGGUGAGCGCGUAGGCUGAGGAGUGCAACAGGAAAACGGUGUACAAUUUAUAUAUCUAGUCAAAAGGCGACGUAUUGUUCGUGGAAAACGACCUGGUCUGAACAGCAGACUACAGUACGAACAAUCCACAGAAGACGCAUCUGAUACAGGAAGUAUUUUUAGAGAUUCCGACUAUCCAGCAUUCCCACAAACUUCGAAAUCGACCUCUAGAUACAGUCCUAACCCAUUCACGGAUGCCAGCUCACAUUAACCAGUUUCCACCAGUCAGCAAUCUCCACCCAACCAGUGCACAUUUCCCCUCCUCUCCCUAUACCCCUCCAGAUCGCGGCGACCCGCGUGACGGGGCCUGUCUCCCGUCCCGGCUGCCGCUCCUGUCCGCGAUGCUCCGUCUGUGGCGUGUCGGCGCACCCGGGGGAGGGGGAGGUGCCCCCCUCUGUCGGUGCAGACGCGGCCACGCCCUCCCUCAUGCUGUCACGCGUGGGCCGUGACCGCGUGCUGACUCGGCCUCGACGGACAGAUGACAGAUGGAUGUCUGCCGGUCACGUGCGCAUGUGACAGCUGACAGUGUGACUGGUCGGCUGGUGUGGCUGUCACGCGCUGUGGUGGAAGUGCGCGGUGAUGUGGGAAGUUUCGUGGGCGGGUCACGGACCGCCCGACGGAGCCAGAUCUGUCCCGGGGGCGCUCGAAGUGGGGUAUGGAGCGGAGUGGUCCUUCCGGUAACUGGAAAAGGACAGAGAGUGUUGAAGGAACCGCUUAUGGUCGCCCGGAGAAGAGUGUUUUCACCUGUGGAGAUCGUUAGCCAUAUGGAAGCCGUUGUUUUUGUGUGUGUGUGCUUUGGCGCGGUUCAGACAGCCUUCUGUCUGUGACGCUGCACAAGUUUUUGGAAAGGACCGUGUGCCUUGUCGGCUGCUUUCUGUGCUUUUGUCCUAAUAGUUUUGCUGAAAAUGUGAUGAAUGAUAGACAUAAUCGUUAACGUCAGGAAGGAUGCACGUAGGAUCUGAACCUAUAGGUCGACAAUUGAACAUUUCGUUCGAACUUCGCGUGAAACAUGUAACGUCACGCGAUAUACGCGAUAAGAGUGUAUUGUGCACUAGGAAACAGGCUCAUCAUUCUGCGAGUGAUAAAUUGCUAGUCAUUAGAAAGGGAGCAUAAAAUGCUCCAUCUCGAACACGAGGGUGUUUUUAAAGAUACGAAACAGGUAAGACUGCUGGCUAAAAGAAGUAAUCAAAUUCAACGUAAAAUCCCGCCGUAUAUCACGCACAAGUGAAAAGGUGUAGCAAUUGUGACCAUGUAAAUGAGUUCUUCCCUGAUUUUCCGCCAUGUUUGAUACGAUGCUGCCAUAGCAGCGCUCCGCACUAUUUCAGUCCAUUUCUAACGACGAUGAAUGUACCCCGCGGCUUAUUUAGGACAAGUUUGUGAGGUGUAGUGCAACACUGUUUGACGGUAUUUCAUGGGCAAACACUGCACGAAGCUUGAUCAACAUUUGGUUAGCUUUCAGCUUAGCAAACCACGAAAACACCGCGGUAUUUCGCCACCCGGGCAUUCGCUCAAAAGGUCUUCGAAAACUGCAACUUCACUGCCAAGUUUCCUUGGUCGCCACAAGAAAUAUUUAAACUAAAAUAAAAAGAGUUCGAUGUCAACCAUUUUGCUGCGCGCUGGCUGUCCCGUUCUGGGCUCCGUAUUCUGCUCUUUCACAUAUUCACUAUACCGUCGCAGCAAUCAGUCGCGACAUCGAUUCGGUCGCUCGUGUGGCCUGCAACAUGCAUGACCGGGGUUUUGCAGCCAGUGCACAAGGCCAGACCUUUGCAAUGAUUUCCGUGUUGAGGAAAAGAAAAGAAUGCCGGUUUUAAACACGCAUACUUGAUUCGAUCCCCAUUACGCGUGGACGGUGGAGCUUUGAGUCUGACAGUCUGUAUAUCUGACUGCCGAUGGGGCAGGGGUGAUGCGCACGGUUAAAUGACAACUGAGCAACUAUGGGUCUCUAAAACACAUGCUGAAGCUGCAAAACUUCUGAAGCCCACCGACAGCUAGUCCAGUACCGUCAUGUCUGUGCUGUACCGGCAAUGGCACUCAGCUAUGCCGUAUGUACCAUAUGCUGACAGAUUGAGUCGUGUUUUACUGUGUCUGUGUUCGAGUGCGUUUAUGCGUGUGCACGUUUCGUGUGUCCAUGUGCGUUGCAAUGUUUGCUGUUUGCGUCAGUGGUGAGAAGGACCACGACGGGCGCUACGUGUCGUCAGAGAGCUAUUUCAUCCCGGCUCCCCGCGCGUCUUCUUAUUCAUGGUUUCUCUCCCAUCAUGUAGCCAUGUGCAGCAUUGUUGUUUGAAAAUAAUAUAAAUACAUAAACACG